UCGUCACUUCCAGGGGACCCGGAAGCGCCGUUCUCCGGCUGCUGUACUUAGAAAGUCGUGAUGGGGAUACGCUGGAUUUAAACCCGUGGCCGACCGUGGGCCGAGGGCCGGCGGGGCCUGCUGUGGCCCGGGCGAGUGCGAAGCAGUUUCUGGGACAGUACAGGCGAUUCCUGGCCGUGUGCUUCUCUUGUGGCGGCGUCGCCCCUUUAGGAUAGGACUGGCCGCGGCUCUCGGUGCCUAGGACCCGGCAGGCGCUUCUGCAGGCUGCCCCGCGUCCGGCAUCCGGUCUCCGACAGCUUGGAGGAGCGCCUUCGGGAACAGUUAUCUCCCCGUCGUUCACUGCCCCCGCCAAGGUCUUCGCGACCCUCUUCUGGCCGACGUCGAGCAACCCGUUCUGAACAUGGAGAAGUUUGGCAUGAAUUUCGGGGGCGGACCGAGCAAGAAGGACCUGCUGGAGACCAUUGAGACGCAGAAGAAGCAGCUCCUCCAGUACCAGGCACGUCUUAAGGAUGUGGUCCGCGCCUAUAAAAGCCUCCUGAAAGAGAAGGAGGCUCUAGAGGCCAGCAUUAAGGUGCUGUCGGUAUCCCAUGAGGCAGAUGUGGGCCUCACAGGUGUCCAGCCUCCAGGCCUCUCUUUUCCUGACUCUGUGGAUGACCGAUGUUCCACUCACAGCGAGGAUAGCACUGGGACCGCCACCAGCUUGGAUACUGCGGCAAGUCUCACCAGCACCAAGGGUGAAUUUGGGGUAGAGGAUGACAGGCCGGCUCGUGGACCCCCACCUCCAAAGUCCGAAGAAGCCAGCGGGUCGGAGAGUGGCGUUAGUAGUAGCAGUGGGGAUGGACCAUCUGGGGGUGGGGAAGUGGACAAACGACUGCACCAGCUGAAGACUCAGUUGGCUACUUUGACCAGCUCUUUGGCUACAGUCACCCAGGAGAAGUCUCGCAUGGAAGCUUCUUACCUGGCUGACAAGAAGAAGAUGAAACAGGACUUAGAGGAUACCAGUAAAAAGGCAGAAGAGGAGCGGGGCCGUCUGGAGGGAGAAUUGAAGGGGCUGCAGGAGCAGAUAGCAGAAACCAAAGCCCGACUUAUCACCCAGCAGCAUGAUCGGGCCCAAGAGCAAAGUGACCAUGCCUUGAUGCUUCGUGAGCUCCAGAAACUGCUGCAGGAGGAGAGGACCCAGCGCCAGGACUUGGAGCUUCGGCUGGAAGAGACCAGAGAAGCCCUGGCAGGACGGGCUUAUGCAGCUGGUCAGAUGGAAGGGUUUGAGCUGCAGACCAAGCAGCUGACCCGUGAGGUGGAGGACUUGAAAGGUGAGCUGCAGGCUCUUCGGGAUGAGAAGAAUCGGCCUGACCCUCGGCUGCGGGAGCUUCAGGAAGAGGCUGCCUGCCUGAAGAGCCAUUUCCAGGCUCAGCUGCAGCAGGAAAUGAGGAAGUUUGCUCUAGGCCUUUGUGGCUUUUCUGGACGCAUUUCCAUCUGUCCCCUUGCCUUACAGACAGCCCUUGCGGAAGAUCAGCUACGCCAGCAAUCUCAGGUGGAAGAGCAGAGGGUGGCGGCCCUGGAGAAUCAAAUCUCUGAGCUGUCCGAGCUGCUGGGCACCUAUGAGAAAGCCAAGCAGAAGGACCAGCUGGCUAUCCAGAAGCUAAAGGAGCGCAUCCUGCAGCUGGACCUGGAGAACAAGACGCUGGCGCUCGCCGCCUCCAGCCGCUCCCCGCUGGACAGCCAUGGCGAGGAGUCCAGUCUGGAUGUCAACGUCCUGAAGGAUAAGAUGGAGCAGCUGAAGAGGCUGCUGCAGGUGGCGGCCAGGAAAAGCCAGGUGACCCUGGACGUGGAGAAGCUCUGUGACCUGGAGAUAAUGGCCGGCUCGGAGGCUGCCGACGGGGAGAAGGCUUCGGCACUCUACUACCAACAGGAGCUGAAGCAGCUGAAGGAGGAGUUCGAGAGGUACAAGAUGAGGGCCCAGGUGGUCCUCAAGAGCAAGAACACCAAGGACGGCAAUCUGGCCAAGGAGCUGGAGGAGGCCCAGGAACAGCUCGCCGAGCUGAAGGAGAAGUACAUCUCCCUGCGGCUGUCCUGCGAGGAGCUCGAGCGCCAGCACGGGCAGGAGGCCGAGGACUGGAAGCAGGAGCUGGCCCGGCUGCAGCACACGCACCGCCAGGAGCUGGAGCAGAGCCAGCUGGACUUCAGGGAGCGUGCGCUGCGCCUAGAAGAGGAGCUGCACAAGCAGCGGGACCGGGCCCUGGCUGUGCUGGCCGAGAAGGACUUGGAGCUGGAGCAGCUGCGCUCCGUGGCCUUGUCCUCGGGGCUGCCGGGUCGCCGGAGCCCGGUGGGUGGCGGGGGGCCCGGGGACCCGGCCGACCUGUCGGCCCCGGACAGCCUGACCCAGGCGCUGCAGCUGGCCGCGGCCAACGAGCCCACGUUCUUCCUGUACGCCGAGCAGCUGGCCCGCAAGGAGGUGGAGAUCGCGUCGCUACGGAAGCAGAAGCACAGGCUGGAGGGGGAGGUUCGGCAGCUGCAGGACCGGCUGCUGGAGGACGGGGAGCGGCACCGAGAGCAGGUAGCCGCCCUACAGAGCCACAUUGAGAAGAACAUCAGGGAUCAGAAUAGGGAAGGAGCCAACCUGGAGUACCUCAAAAACAUCAUCUACCGCUUCCUGACCUUGCCUGACAGCCUGGGCCGCCAGCAGACCCUCACGGCCAUCCUGACCAUCUUGCAUUUCAGUCCCGAGGAGAAGCAAGCCAUCACGCGCCUCCCCACCGGUGGGAGCUGGUGGCCUUCUGGCAAGAGAUGAAUGCCCUUUUCGAGGACUCCCGAAAUCUCUGUGCCUCUAGUGGGGGAAGGGACAGACUGGUUUCUGCUGCCCCCUCUCUUAACAUUAUAAUAUUUUCUUCACUGUGUUGAACUGGAAGAGUCUUUAAUGUGGGAUGGGAUUUUCUGCCAAAUGCCAUGAAAGCCACGUUGUCCUUGGGCCCUAGAGAUCCCGAAAAUGUCCCAGUAAUACUCGGAUGGUGCAUUUGUGAGGGAAGACAGGGGACAGAUGAAGACUGGGAGGUGCCAAAGUUGGGGAGGUGGUGAGAAUAUUUUAAAAUAAGACUUUCUGUUUUAGUAUUACACUCCUAGCACAGAACCAGGAGUUAAUGUGACUCCAAAGGGAGUUCAGUUAUUUCUAAAUACUCACAAGGACCGGCUGUUUAUGCCCCAUCUCAUAAUCUGAGUCUGGUCCACCGCUGCCCCAAUUUUCUGGGGACAUAAAUCAGGGCCGGAGAGGAACCAGGAAGUUUGAAAUAGUGACCGAUUGUUCCCUGUUGUCCACAGAUUCUUCCAUUCUGGAACAGGUACCUAGCUGGGGCUAGGUACGGCCUGGUCAGUCUGGACAAAACAUACCUAUAAGUAUGUAGUAUGUAUGUAGAGGGCCCCGAGCACCAUGUCAGUCCUGUGGAUUUCCUGAGUAACCUGCUUUUGGCCUGGAUAGGGUUUCCAUGGGCCUCUUGCAUUUGACCCUGCCUUAACCUGUCUGUCUCAGCUUGGUCUGGGAUUGUGAGUAAAUGAUUUUGCUAGCUUUUCCUUGAUGCUGAAUUUGCAUUAAGAAAAAACCCUGGCUUUCUUACAGCGGAGGAUCUGAUUGGGAAACUCUGAGCCUAUCUAGUUACAAAGAAUUAGCUCAGAGAUUUACAACUUCCUCACCUCCCCGCAGCUGUUUCUGCUUUUGUAGGGACUGAGAAGAGGAGGAUUUGCUGAUUCUAGAAGAUUCUGUGACCCUCACAAGAAUGUGGUGGAAGUUCAGCCGAGGGGCUGGGGGUGCCAGCUGCCCCCAUGGACAGCAUUCUGGCUAAAUCUUCAUGUCCCUGCAAGCCAGAGUGUUCAUGGGUUACUGCCUCCAGGGUAUUUUGCCCAUGUCUUUAUCGGGUCACAGAGUUUCAGUACACAAUCCUCAUCUUCUCUACAUGCAUUACUAUAAUUUUUCCUCCUUCCUGGUUUUUUUUUUUUUUUUUUUAAAUGUUUGGUCUUGCACAAGUAGAUUUAAUCUGCACAUAAGGAAAGGGAGCUUCAGGCCGUCUGGAAAGGAGGGGCUCAGAAAAGUUGGGUUCAGACAAUAUCAGUUCCCCUAUUCUGCCCUUUCCUCCAUCUGCUCUUGAUCUGGUUGUAGAGAUCUUUUGACCCUAAAGACCAAUGGUUUGUCACUGACUGGACUAAUACGUAUCUUUUCUGUUAUGUCAUCACAGCUGUUUUGUGAGGGUUUAGGGUGCAGAAGACUUUGAUUAAAUAUUCUAAUUGGGAGGCUGGAUGUCCUAGACUGUCUAGGAACAGCAGACUCAAUGAAACAGAUGUGAUGUGUUCAAAUGAUAACAGACCACAGAGUCAUUAAAUCUGAACAACCUGA